UGUAUAUUUUCAUUCAUGUGCGUGUAUGUACGCAUAUGUAUGUGCCUAAGUGACUCAGAUAAUUCCAGAUACCAUAUGCACACGACAUUCGUUAUUUUUCACUCAAUGUCAGGUCUGUUCAUUUAUACCUCCUUUCUUCUUUAUCAAUUUUAAUUUUGCCCACCGGCAAGAUAUUUUGUUGGGCGCGCUAUGUUUUACAAAUUAUGUGGAAUUAUGUGCUUAUUGGUCAUUGGAGAGCAUGUCGCAGCCACUUUGGCCAGUGACAAUAUCUCUGACUAUAUUAGAAAAUGCUGCAUAAGUGGGCUUAGGCAUGCUCGAACAACUGCCUCGUGCACAAAUAUCGAUAUUGCGCCAACAAUAAUACCACAACUUUGGCUUGGACUAUGUCAUUCUACACUUGAUGUCUGCUGUUCUCGAGAGGUGGACCAUCAGAAUUGUGAGUUAGGUCGCCUUGCUGCAUUAGAAGGUACUCGUUGCGAUAGAGGAGAAAAUUUGACGUCAAAUUCCUAUGCAACAUGUUGUCGAUCUUGUCAAAUUGGAUUGGCAGUAAAAGCAAGUAAGGUCAACUGCAAGGAUCCGUUAUUUUCAUUUAUUUCCUCAAUCGAAUCUUACCAAGCUUGUUGCUACGAAGCCUCAGAUUCAAAUUACAAAUCUGAUAAAGAAUAUAAUGACAGUUAUAUUACCGAAGAUAGCGAAAGUCUAAUAGAUUCGGAAGAGGGUAUAAAUGGUACAAUUGUCUUAACCGGUGAUGAUAUAUGCGGGAAAAUUGAGAACCUUUGCGCCCACAUAUGCGAAAACACUUUUGACGCAUAUCAGUGCAAGUGCCACCCUGGAUUUAUGUUAGACAAUAACAACGUAACAUGCUCUCCGAUGAAUACCAAAACGUGUCACAGUGGCCAAGUUUUUGAUAAACUGGAAAACAAAUGCAUUGACAUUGACGAAUGCAAGGAGUGUCCAUUAUCACAAUACUGCCACAAUAAGAAUGGUGUCUACCACUGCUUAAGUGUUAAGGCAAAAGAUUGUCCACCAGGAUAUCACUAUGAUAGCGAAUACGAUGAAUGUAAAGAUGAUAACGAAUGCAAAGAUGACAGCUCCAAAUGUUUUAUAUACAAGGGUCAUACAUGUGAAAGUGGUUUUAGUUUGAAGAACGGCAGCUGUACUGAUAUUGAUGAAUGCGCUAAUAACGCAACAAACAACUGUCUUAGUAAUAAUCAUCAGGAAUGCUUUAACACUUUAGGAAGCUAUUACUGCCACUGCCAGGCUGGAUUUAACUUGGAUGCCACUCUGAAAAAGUGCGUUGAUAUCAAUGAAUGUUCGAUAAAUAACCACAACUGUCUUCCAACUCAGAGAUGUGAUAACACAAUCGGUUCAUACAUUUGCACGCGUCUUCAAAGCUGCGGCACAGGAUACACGUUAAAUGCGGAAACUGGGAAUUGUGAUGACGAUGAUGAGUGCAUUCUAAAUACACAUAACUGUCCCUCAAACUAUGAUUGCCACAACACGAAGGGAUCAUUUCGAUGCUACAGAAAAACCACAACAAGCUCAACCACUACAACGACUUCAACUACAAUUCCACCUGUAACUAUAGAAUCUGCACCCAGGACAAAUAAUUCUCGAUAUCCAUUGGCAAUACAUCAGCAUUAUACACGUCUCAACUAUGCUGCACCUGCGGUAUCCCAAUUGGACUGUUCUUCUGGAUUUUAUAGGAAUAAUCUUGGUGCAUGUGUCGAUACGAAUGAAUGUGUGGAAAGGAAUCCUUGUGGCAACCAUCAACGUUGCAUUAACACAAAUGGGAAUUUCCGCUGUGAAAGCCUUCUUCAGUGCUCGCCCGGAUACAAAUCAAGAGCAGACGGGAAAUUAUGCAUAGAUAUUGAUGAGUGCGAUACUGGUGAGCACAACUGUGGCGAAAGACAAAUAUGCCGUAAUCGCAACGGUGGCUAUGUAUGCACCUGUCCGAUAGGUCAUGAGAUAAAGCGUCUAAGCACUGGUGUUAGUACAUGUGUGGACACCAACGAAUGCGAGCUGGAUCAACGUGUUUGUCCGUCAAAUGCACAGUGCUUUAAUACCAUAGGAUCUUACUAUUGUGAAUGCAAAGCUGGAUUUAAAAAAAAAAAUGAUAAUAAUAACAACACACAAUGCUUUGAUAUCGAUGAGUGCCAUGUGGUUCCGGGUCUUUGCCAACAGAAGUGUAUUAAUACAUGGGGCGGAUAUCGAUGUACAUGUGAACACGGAUACGAACUAGGACAGGACAACCGCACAUGUAAUGAUAUAAAUGAAUGUGAAGUUCAUAAGGACUACAAGCUAUGCAUGGGAUUCUGUAUUAACACUGAUGGAUCCUACCAGUGUUCUUGCCCUCGUGGUUAUUUGUUGUCUGCUGACCGGAAUACUUGCCGCGAUAUCGAUGAAUGUGCCACUGAUUCCAUAAAUCAAGUGUGUACUGGCCGGAAUGACAUUUGCACAAACACCCGAGGAAGCUAUAAAUGUACUACCAUUAAUUGCCCAUAUGGAUACACUAAUGAUCAAGAGCAAAAAAACCGGUGCCGACAAAGCACCAACUUCUGUGAAGGAGAAGAUUGUUACACAAAACCGUCAGCCUACACAUAUAAUUUUAUAACCUUCGUAUCCAAGCUAAUGAUAUCUCCUGAGGGUCGACCCAUCUUUACAUUGAGGGGUCCACUUUGGUAUGAUAACAUCGAUUUUGAUCUCAAAAUUGUCCGCAUACAAGCAACCAAGAAUAUUCAAAAAGCUACUGAUAAGAAUUUUGAGACCUUAAAAAACAACAACCAAGUUAAUGUAUUACUGAUGAAAUCUCUAGAGGGACCACAGGACAUUGAAUUGGAACUUAAUAUGACAGUGUAUACAAACGGAAUGCCACGUGGAAAAAGUGUCGCGAAAUUAUUCCUUUUUGUAUCUCAACAUACAUUUUAGCAAUAAACUCAACCAUUAAAUUAUCGUAAAUUUUGUUAUAUCUUAAC